AUGAUCCCGAUCUGGAUUUCUGGUUUGGCAGCAGCUGCGGUUGCUCCUGCCCUCAUCUCUGCCAUACCUCAUGGAACGCAUUCGCCUUUAACAAACCACGCUAUCGCUGCCGGUGACUUCGUCUCGGUCGAUGGAUCCAAACUCAAAGACCGUCAGGGCACUGUAUACCUUACUGGAAUGAACUACUGGUCUUGCAUGAAUUUGGCCGCCGACAACCACGUAGGAGGAAACUACUCACGCUUCAUCACCGAGCUGGAUCAGAUGCAAGCUCAUGGGAUCAAUCAUCUUCGUAUCAUGGCAUCUUCUGAAGGUGCUCCUUCGUGGCAGCCUUUCAGGAUGUAUCCUGCCUUGAUGGAAGCUCCUGGUGCUUACAACGAAGCCAUCUUUGUCGGCCUUGAUCGCUGCUUGAAUGAGAUGGGUAAGAGAGGUAUGAGAGCUACCAUGACUCUCGCAAACGAAUGGCAAUGGUCAGGAGGUUUUGCGCAGUACGUCAGUUGGUCUACGAACGAUAGUCAGAUUCCAUACCCCUCAUCGUGGAACUUAACAGCUCCACCACAACGUUCGACACCUGGCACUGGCUGGGGCAAUUAUACAGUCGAAGGUGUGAACGCAGCACCUUACAGCAACUUUACCGCCUACGCGAACCAGUUCUAUACCAUUCCAAAAUGCCAGGAGUGGUACCAAGCACACAUCUCCAAGGUUCUCAACCGCGUGAACACAGUCAACGGCCGUGUAUACAAAGAGGAUGCAACAGUCAUGACAUGGCAAUUGGCCAAUGAACCUCAACCCGCCGUGGUACCGACUGAAUACCUCGGCCCCUACUCCCUUGAACUCCCACCAGCACCAGAAGAUCCCGUCAUUCCAUGGGUCAAGAACAGUAGUGCCUACAUCAAGUCUCUCGCCCCCAAACAACUCGUCAACGUCGGAUUUGAAGGCAAGCAAGGGAAAUGGUACUAUCAGGCCGUACAUAACUUCUCUACCGUCGACUAUGCAACCACUCACUGCUGGGUACAGAAUUGGGGUGUCUAUGACAUGCUAAACUCAUCAAGUGCAAACCUCGAAGCUGCAAAGAAUUUUGCGACUGCAUUUGUAGCCAACUCUAGCGAAUGGAGUAAGGAAAUCGACAAACCUGUUUAUCUGGAGGAAUUUGGAAUGGCUAGGGAUAAUUGGGAGAAUGUAGGAAAAGAGUAUCUGUAUCUGAGCUCGGCUGGUACAAGCAACAAGGAUGAGUACUUCAAUACCAUCAUCGGAGCUGUCAUGGACGAUUUCAAGUCUCAGAAUGGUUCGUACAUUGGUACGUCUCCAUGGGCAUAUGGCGGUUUGUAUCGCCCAGAGACGCAACAUGCAAACGCAUUCGGCGAGAUCUGGGCCGGUGACCCGCCACACGAGGCCCCUGGCUGGUACGAUUUGUACGACACCGAUGAGGCCAUGAACAUCGUGUAUCGCCAACAACAAGAUAUAGCCAAGUUCUUGGGCAAGGGCAGUUGA